GCCGGGCGCUGUCCGGUCGGGCGGAGCGGACCGGACCGGACCCGGGGGAGGCGGGCGGAGCCGGGGCGAAGUUGGGCGGAGGAUGGCUUGAGCGGCUGGGGAAGUUGUGCGCCCAGCCAGGCUCGCCCCGCCGGGCCACCUGUUUUGCAUCCGCUCGGUUGUCUGGGCUGCGGGGGGACAGGGCCGGGGAGGGGGCGGCGGCGCCAUGUCCAAAGUGAUCCAGAAGAAGAACCACUGGAGCAGCCGGGUGCACCAGUGCUCGGCCCGGCGGGCGGCCGGCGGGCAGCCGGGGCUGCCCCUGCUCGGGGGCGCGGAGCACGGGCAGUUCCCCUACGUGGGGGCGGCGGAGGAGGGCGGCCCGCCGGUGCUGGCCGGGGGCGAAGAAGGGGGACUCAGCCCCGGGGAGCUGCUGCUGGAGGUGCAGGGGGUCCGCGUGUCCGGCUUGCCCCGCUACGACGUGCUGGAAGUGAUCCGGAGCUGCACGGAGCCCAUCUCGGUCAAAGCCGUGAGACAAGGAAGUAGACUGAACAAAGAUCUGAGGCAUUAUCUCAACCAGAGGUUUCAGAAAGGAUCUCCAGAUCACGAGCUGCAGCAGACAAUUAGAGAUAACCUUUAUCGCCAUGCUGUGCCUUGCACAACCCGUCCUCCACGAGAAGGAGAAGUGCCUGGUGUGGACUAUAACUUUCUGACUGUGCAGGAGUUUCUGGACCUUGAGCAGAGUGAAACUCUUCUUGAAGUAGGAACAUAUGAAGGUAACUAUUAUGGAACACCCAAGCCUCCCAGCCAACCCGUCAGUGGGAAAGUGAUUACCACUGAUGCUUUGCAAAACCUUCAGUCCAACUUCAAGCAGUCGACUCCAAAACGAACCAAGUCUUAUAAUGAUAUGCAAAAUGCUGGCAUAGUGCAUACGGAGAAUGAGGAUGAGGAUGACGUCCCUGAAAUGAACAGUAGCUUUACAGCAGAUUCUGGGGACCAAGACGAGCACAAUAUACAUAGUAUAAGAGAAACAGCGCCACCUCCUGUGAAUAAUAGCAUCACCGCCGUUCCCACCACGGACCCAUCUCAGAAGCUCCCUCAAUACCUACCUCCUUCUGCAGAGGAAAACCUAGGUCCUCUACCUGAAAACUGGGAGAUGGCCUAUACCGAGAAUGGAGAAGUCUAUUUUAUAGACCAUAAUACUAAAACAACAUCUUGGCUAGACCCACGGUGCCUGAACAAACAGCAGAAGCCACUAGAAGAAUGUGAAGAUGAUGAAGAAGGGGUACACACGGAGGAACUGGACAGUGAACUAGAAUUGCCUGCUGGUUGGGAAAAGAUUGAAGAUCCUGUAUAUGGAGUCUACUAUGUAGACCACAUUAACAGGAAGACACAAUAUGAGAAUCCAGUUCUGGAAGCGAAACGGAAAAAACAGCUUGAGCAGCAGCAACAACAACCAGAAGAAUGGACAGAAGAGCAUCCAUCUCUUGGUCCACCGGCUGUUCCAAACCAUGCUCCAAACACCCAAGAACCAGUUCGAGAAGCACCAGUACAAGGCUCUGCUGUCUGGGAGUGUUGCACAGAGCCCGGAAGAGCAGCAGCUGCCAUUCGGCAACUUGGAAAACCAUUUUUCACGCGAAACCCUUCAGAGCUGAAAGGGAAGUUCAUCCACACCAAGCUGAGGAAAAGCAGCAGGGGGUUCGGCUUCACUGUGGUCGGAGGGGACGAACCGGAUGAAUUUCUCCAAAUCAAGAGUUUGGUGCUUGAUGGCCCUGCUGCCCUGGAUGGCAAAAUGGAGACAGGAGAUGUUAUAGUCAGCGUGAAUGAUACCUGUGUGCUGGGACAUACACAUGCUCAAGUUGUAAAAAUCUUCCAGUCCAUUCCCAUCGGUGCCAGUGUGGACCUUGAACUGUGUCGAGGUUACCCUCUGCCCUUUGACCCCGAUGACCCCAAUACAAGCCUGGUGACAUCUGUGGCAAUUCUAGAUAAAGAACCGAUCAUUGUGAACGGGCAGGAAAAUUAUGAUUCUCCAGCAAGCCACAGUAGUAAAACGGGGAAAGUAAAUGGCUUGAAGGAGCAACGGCCAAGUAGUCCAGCUGAAGUGUCUUCAAAUGGAUCCCAUGGUUACCCCAACGAUACUGUUUCUUUGGCUUCUUCUAUAGCAACACAGCCUGAACUGAUAACUGUACAUAUAGUGAAAGGGCCCAUGGGCUUUGGUUUUACUAUAGCAGACAGUCCUGGUGGUGGGGGCCAAAGAGUGAAACAAAUUGUAGACAGCCCCAGGUGCCGAGGCCUAAAAGAAGGGGAUCUUAUCGUUGAAGUGAAUAAGAAGAAUGUGCAAAACCUCACUCACAACCAAGUCGUGGAUAUGCUGAUUGAAUGUCCUAAAGGAAGCGAAGUCACAUUACUUGUGCAACGAGGAGGAUUGCCAGUCCCAAAGAAGAGCCCAAAGUCGCAACCACUUGAAAGGAAAGACAGCCAAAACAGUUCCCAGCAUAGCGUCUCUAGCCACCGUAGCACGCACACAGCUUCACCCAUCCAUACCACUCAGGUGCUUCCCGACUACCCUACCACUGAAGCACCAGCUGUGGAGCAGCCGGACAACUCUGGACAGAAAAAGCCAGAUCCAUUCAAAAUCUGGGCCCAGUCCAGGAGCAUGUAUGAAAGCCGACCUAUGUCACCUUCGCCUGCAACUGGACUGAGCAAGGGUGAGAGAGAGAGAGAAAUCAAUUCCACGAAUUUUGGAGAAUUUCCAGAUUAUCAAGAACAGGAUAUCUUUCUAUGGCGAAAGGAAACGGGCUUUGGGUUUAGGAUUCUAGGUGGAAAUGAGCCUGGAGAACCUAUUUACAUUGGUCACAUUGUACCAGUAGGCGCUGCUGAUGCCGACGGUCGUCUGAGAUCUGGAGAUGAACUGAUCUGUGUGGACGGAACACCUGUUGUCGGAAAAUCGCACCAGCUUGUAGUCCAGCUUAUGCAACAGGCUGCCAAGCAAGGUCAUGUCAAUCUAACUGUAAGGCGCAAAGUGGUAUACACAGUUCCAAAAGCAGAGAACGAAGUCCCCUCUCCAGCCUCUUCACACCACAGCAGCAACCAGCCAGCUUCCCUGACGGAGGAAAAGCGGACCCCGCAGGGAAGCCAGAACUCCUUAAACACUGUGAGCUCGGGCAGCGGCAGCACCAGUGGCAUUGGCAGUGGAGGGGGCGGGGGAAGCGGUGUGGUCAGCACAGUGGUGCAGCCGUACGACGUCGAAAUCCGCCGGGGAGAAAAUGAAGGCUUUGGCUUUGUGAUCGUGUCCUCAGUUAGCAGGCCUGAGGCAGGGACAACUUUUGCAGGAAAUGCAUGUGUGGGCAUGCCUCACAAAAUAGGUCGGAUAAUUGAGGGGAGCCCUGCAGACCGCUGUGGCAAGCUGAAAGUAGGAGACCGGAUCUUGGCUGUUAAUGGAUGUUCCAUCACCAACAAAUCGCAUUCAGAUAUCGUCAACUUAAUUAAAGAAGCAGGAAACACUGUUACUCUGCGCAUCAUUCCAGGGGAUGAAUCCUCCAAUGCUACUUUAUUGACCAACGCUGAAAAAAUUGCUACGAUUACAACCACACAUACUCCUCAGCAGAUACUCCAGGAGCCCAGGAACAACACAAAACCAAAGCAGGAAUCCCAGUUUGAUUUCAAACCGCCUCAGGCAGCACAGCAGGACCAAGAUUUUUACACCGUUGAACUGGAAAGAGGAGCCAAAGGAUUUGGCUUUAGCCUGCGAGGUGGCCGAGAGUAUAAUAUGGAUCUCUAUGUGUUGCGAUUGGCUGAGGAUGGUCCAGCUGAGAGGUGUGGAAAGAUGAGGAUUGGUGAUGAAAUUCUAGAGAUCAAUGGGGAAACCACGAAGAACAUGAAGCAUGCUCGGGCCAUUGAACUGAUUAAAAAUGGUGGCCGCAGAGUCCGCCUGUUUCUGAAACGUGGAGAUGGCUCUGUACCAGAAUAUGACCCCAGCAGUGACAGGAACAGUCCCGCCACAGGUUCACAAAAUGUAUCGGAAAUGAAAAACGUGCCAUCUGACCGACGACAACACCCAUCAUUGGAGUCCAGUUAUCCACCAGAUCUUCACAAAUCAUCACAACAUGGGGACAAGCGGAUAUAUGUUAACGAUCCAAAAGGCAGCAGAGAGUUUAGCAGACAAUCCAAUGAACACCACACUUGGAAUGGAACUUCUCAAAACAAUGAUAGCAUAACAGGUAGAAAAAAGGACAGGUCACCAGGAAGGAGACGAGAUAGACAACCAGAGAGAACGGUGGUAAAUGGACAAAAAAUGAAAUCUCUUGAAAAAAGGAGGGAAGGGACAAGAAGUGCUGACAAUACUUUGGAGAGGAGGGAGAGACAUGAGAGGAGGAGAGACCUUUCUCCCGAAAGGCGAAGAGAAAGGUCACCAACUCAUAGAAGGGAUGGAUCGCCAAGCAGGCGAAGGAGGUCACUCGAAAGACUAAUGGAUCAAAGAAAAUCACCAGAGAAGAGAAGAGAGAGCUCACCUGAACGGAGGGCAAAGUCAACUGAUGGAAGAAGGGAGAGGUCACCAGACAAAAGGAUCAAGGAUGAGCGAGUCAGCCACAGAGAGAGGGAAGAACACAGUUUGAAAUAUGAUACCAACAAAAGACACCCCCCUGAACAGAGAAGGAAACCCUACAAGGAGUGUAGCACUGAUCUCAGCAUCUGAGGUACUCGUCUGAUGCACAGAGCCACAUUCCAGCCUUUAUAGUGCUGAAGGCUCUAAGAAGAGGGUAAUAAAGCGGAAAUUAUCUUGGUUUCUUAAAUGAUGAAAUAUCAGAUACCUGCUGAUCCUAUGAAUAGCAACAAACGUUUUAUGCAGAUGAAAUCUUAUAACAAAAAUAUAUACAAAAUGUUGUGCCUGAUGUAUAAUAUUAAAGAAAGUAUUUUUAAGUGUAUUCUUUUUUUUUUAAGUUACUUGCCAAAUGGUCCUAAAGGAUUAUACAAAUUUUGUUUCUACAUAUUCUGUAGAUUUCUUGAGAUUAAUUCCUCUAUCAGGCAACUUCCCCUUCUCCCCCAUAAUUAAAUGGGGACAGCCAAUAAAAUAAGAUAGUUAAGAGGAUUUUUUUUUAUAAAGGGUGAAGGAGGAAUUAAAAUGUGUAUAUCAAUAGGAUUGGAGAAUUCCUGCUGAAGGAAUAAAAAAAGGAAAAAAAAAUAAAGUUCCUAAAAUGACAAGAACUGUUUGAAGAGACUGUUGUUUCAAUGAAGGAUAUUUAUACAAAAACCCACACAGCACAAGAUGACUUAUGAUAAGGAAUUUAUAGUUUGUUCCAUGAACAGUUUAUACAUUUAGGCCCCCUCUCAAGGAUGCGUGAAGGCAAAAGACUGGUAGCGGCCAUAUCUGUGUAACACACAAACGUUGACUCUCAAUCUCUCUCGCUAAUCUCAGCAACACUUACGAUAUUCCGUUAAGAAUGUGCCCCCGGAGCCCUACUCAACUACUGGAAGUAUAUGGACAGAAAUCUGAGCCUGUCCAGUAUUGUUUGGUCUGCCUUGCAGAAGAGUAGUGCAUUGGGAUACUGGGGUAAAGACAGUGAAGUUUGAGGGAAUGAGCUGUCGCUUCACAGGGCAGAUUUAUUCCUUCUGCUCAGGCUAAACCCAUGGGCUUUUCAUAUUUUGCCAAAUUGGAAAUCUUUGUGUUGAUACAUAGAUAGAUAGAUUCAAGUUUUAUUUUACUGGUUCAUUCCUACUGAGACGAAAAAAUGAGAGACCUGUCAAAGGCACAUAAGGACAGAGGCAAUCAGUAGAAGGGUCUGGUUGUGAAAGCCUAGAUGCUGGUUAUGCUGUAAUUUAGAAUCUACAAACAGCAGCAGAAGGAAAAAAAUGCAAGUUUCAAAGCUGUAUUUUUAAAUUUGCAAGUUGUGUGGUAAGUCUGCUGUAGUAUUAGUGUAAGAUUUUAAUGGAUUACUGCCUAGCUGAGCCAAAAUGUUUGCCAUUACUGUUGGACCACUAAAGUAAACUGCUGCUUUUUACAGUGCAUUGGUGUAUACAUGUAUACUGUUUCACAUUUUCCAUACGAACACAAAAACAUUGCAAGUCUAUCACUGUUGUUGCCAUGGUACUGUAAAAAAAAAAAAAAAAAAACAACAAAAAAGAAGAUGGCCAAUCAUUGUGUGUACAGAGUUUAAAUUGUAAUUAAUAGAGCCUGUUGGAAAAAAAAUAAAACUGUUGCCUUUUUCUUGUAUAAAAGAGAAUUUAUGAUGAAAUUUAGCUGUGAGGAAUGUGAUAAGUGUUUAUAUUUCUGAAAAUGGAACAAAUUGAUUCAUGGGAAUAUAUUUUAAUGUAAACUGAAUCAGGUAUGUAAAGCUGUUUUAAAAUGGGAGACUAUAUAAGUAAUUCUAAAGCUUUUGUUGGUUUGGAUAUCAUUUCUUUCUUCAUGGUGGGCCUGCUUGUGUAUUAUUCAGCACUUGUAUGCAGUCUGUUCUUCAAUCAUCAUUUCUUGCAAUGUGCUAGAGACAUAAUGCUCUUUUCUGUGGUGAUGAAAAAGCAGUAUGUGGGCCAAUCUUUUUUAUAAAACACUAUGCAUAUCUACAUACUACAUUGUUCAUAGCUUUAUUUGAAUUAUUGGGUUUAUACAUAACAUUAGUAUAAGUAGACGUGGACUUACCCAGUACAAGCUUCUUUCUUUGGAACAGACACAAUGUAUAUGAUGUAGCAACAAAGAAGGAGAAAGUCUGUGAAUGCUAUUUUUAUUAUCAAAUAAAGUUUUCCAUACAAAGUAUGCAUAUGAGUAUAGUGGUAAGAUUAAGAGAGCCACACCCUUCUAGUUACCCAAAAUUGUCUAAAUUAUUUAACGGUAGAUGUUUAUUUCCAAGGUUAACCCAUUUUGACAUGUUGGCAAAAAUGAAAUUAUGAUUUCAGUUGUACAAGAUAAAAUCUAUUCCCCCAAAUUACCAAGAGCUAAGAUUUUAGAUAAAUGUGGCUUUGGUGUUUUCCUGGGGUUUGACGUCAUCCAUCAUCAUAAUGCAGUGUCAAAUAUAAUACUGUAAAAUCACAAAAAUACAGACACUACUCAUGCGUGUCUGAAUACUUUUAUAGAGACCUCUAAAAUAUUAGUCAAUGAGGUCGUAAUUCUUUCAGCUCUUACUUAGCUGUGGAAAUAUUGUAUAAAGACUGUUAAGUAAGGAUUGCAAAACCAGAUUUAUAUUAAAAAACUGUAUCAAGCCAGCGCCUUACUGUAUACUUCACCAUACUUCAGCUAACCUGCUGAUAGUGUAGAUGUCUUGAUUAGAGAAUGACAAAUGUUUUUUUGUAUUUUCAGUCUAUCUUCAGGCAGGUUUUGCAGCUGCAUAAUUGAUGUCUAAAAGAAUGUUAGGGUAGAAACAAAAUACCCAAAUCUCUGCGUGUUUUUUUUAAGUUCAGACCUUUUGUGACUUUUUAUGACUUUUUACUGUAUAAUUCUAUUGUAAAUGUAUACAUUCUGUAAUUACUGCUUCUCAAUUUGUAUCUUUUAUUGUUUCUACUGUAUGUCUACAACAUUUUUAUGUAAUAAGAUAGCUUAAAUAACCUAAACGGAGCAGGUCAAUAUGAUUGGCUUAAAGGCUACUUAGUAUAGAAGUGUUAAUAAAUACUAGAAUAAUUAA